UCACACACACGCACCCGUUCCCCCUCACAGCAUCAUUCAUCUAUCAUCAUGAUUAUUACAUUAUAAUUGUGUUCCACUCUCUCUUCAUAUUUUCUGGAACAACCUUUCCCCACCUAAGCAGCAUUCAGAAACUUCCCAGAAAUUCCGAUAAUCCAAUCAAACCCAAUGUUGUUUUGUUCGGAAACCCACCCAACAUCACUGGUCACCUGAUUCGAUUCUCAGUCGUCGUAGGCUCCGAUCUCCCUCUCACAAUUUUGUUCCUGUAAGCAAUUAUGUCUUCCAAUAAGAACAAGGGAAACGCCGUUGGCGCAAAAACGGCAAGAGCCUGCGAUUGCUGCAUAAGAAAUCGAGCGCGUUGGUACUGUGCCGCGGACGACGCGUUCCUCUGCCAAGCUUGUGACUCUUCCGUUCACUCAGCGAACCCAUUAGCGCGUAGGCACCACCGCGUUCGCCUGAAAAUCAUUUCCCACAUUAACUCCAGCAAUACCUUAUCUGCUGCAAAGAGUAACAUUGGUGCUCCAUCGUGGCACAAAGGGUUCGCCAAGAAACCCCGAACACCACGUCACGGGAAGCACACUAAGAAGAGUCUCAAGAGCGCCUUCAAUGUGGUACCGGAAGUGUGUCCCCAAGACACGAAUACGAAUUCCCGUGAAGAGAGCAUGGAUCAGCUUCUUUAUAGAGUGCCCGCAACUCCUUCAUCGGAACAAGGGGUAUCCGUGACCGAUGAGAGGAAAGUUGAUUUGUUAGGAUGUGAAAGCGCGAUUGAGAUUGCGGAGUUUAGUGCCGAUGUUGAGAGUUUGUUGGGGAAGGGGCUAGAGAGUGAGUUUGUGGGAAUGGAAGAGUUGGAGCUGGUGGGUACCAAGGAGGUGGAGGAGCAUGCUUCUUGGGAGUGUUGUGUGGACGGUGAGAAUGUGAAGGUGGAGGACGAGGCGCUUGAAUUGGGAUUUCAUUGUGGCAAGGAGUUGAAUUUUUCGUUGACAUGUGAAGACGUGAAAGAAAAGGUUGUUGAGUUGGAUAAGAACCAGCAAGUACUUAAAGAAAAUGAUCAGCUGAAGAAGAAGAUUCUAUUGUUGCAGUUAGAUUAUGAGGCUGUAAUCAGUGCUUGGAAGAGCCAAAAAUCCCCAUGGACUACUGCUCAUAAACCAGACUUGGGCACUCAGCAGUUUUCGUCUCAUUGCAUGGGAACAUGUGGAGUCGAGUUUUACCAUCCUUGUGGGGAACUAAGUGAAUUAUCUGGGUGUCAUUCAACAAUGGCAGAGGAGGGAAGAGAAGCAAGAGUAUUAAGAUAUAGAGAAAAGCGACGUAAGAGGUUGUUCUCGAAAAAAAUAAGGUAUGAGGUUCGAAAGAAGAAUGCGGAGAAAAGACCCAGAAUGAAAGGGAGGUUUGUAAAGAGACCUUCUUUACCGACACCAACCAGUGUUCCCUUGUUAAACAGAAAAUAAGAGAGGAUGAAAAAGGCUGCAUGGACCGUGCCACCUUUACAUUUUUGUUUGAAAUUAAUGUGUUAGUUUCGUCUCCGAAUCCGAAUGUAUAUACAAAUCUAAUAGCAUGAAGCAAUCUCUUGAUAGUAUCAAAGGUUAAGAUUACCACUGUUUCA